AUGCAGCCUCUCAUCUUAAAAGCUACAAUUUUCCUGCCUUAGUGCCUGACCCUCCCAGUGCCUCCUGCUACAGACUGCAAAGGAUUGGACUUUGUUAAGGACAAUUUCCAUUGGUGUUCCCUGACCAAGAAAGAGUGGCCACUCCUUACCCGGGGGAAAGAGAUACAGUUUCCACAGCAGACAUGUGUGAACGGGACAGACCCACAGGAUGAGCAGAUGCUGGCUAAGCUCCACCACCCUCGCUGUGGAAUCACUGAUGUGGCUAACUGCUCUAUCUCCCCAGAACAUUCCAAAUGGAAUAAGCACAAUCUGACCUAUAGUAUUAUCAAUUACCCCAAAGAAGUUAAUCCAGCUAUAGUGAAUGACAUUAUUCAUGAAGCAGUUUCCAUCUGGAGCAAUGUGACCCCCUUGAUCUUCCAUCAAGUGAAGGGUCAAGAUGCAGACAUCAAGCUUUCUUUCUGGGAGUUGGACCAUGGAGAUGGUUGGCCCUUUGAUGGGCCAGCAUACUUAGCCCAUGCUUUUUUACCAAAUCCUGAAACUCCAGGAAUCACCCACUUUGACAAGGGAGAAUAUUGGUCAACUUCAUACAAAGGAUUUAAUCUGCUCCUGGUUGCCAUUCAUGAGCUGGGUCAUCCUCUGGGCCUGUGGCACUCCAAAAGUCGGAACUCCAUAAUGUAUCCCAGAUAUAUGUAUCAGAACCCUAGUACCUUCUACCUUGAUGUUGAAGACAUCCAAAAAAUCCAGCAACUGUAUGGACAAAGAGAUUCAUCUGAAAUGCCCUGA